GUAGUCGUUCUGUAUGGGUCUCCCGGCCUCUCGGGCGUAGUCGUUCUGUAUGGGUCUCCCGGCCACUCGGCCGUAGUCGUUCUGUAUGGGUCUCCCGGCCUUUCGCCAGGUACAUCUCCUGCCUGUUUCCACAGGUCACAUUUCCUCCCUUAACUGCAGGUUAAUGUCUUCAUGACUCACCUGUCCAACUAUGGGAAUGACCGGCUGGGCCUUUACACCUUUGAGUCCCUGCUGAAGUUCGUGCAGUGCUGGACCAACCUGCGGCUUCACACGCUGCCCCCGGUGGCGCUGGCUGAGAAGUACUUCCAGGUGUUUCCUGAGGAAAAGGACCCCUUGUGGCAGAACCCCUGUCAUGAUAAGCGCCACAAAGACAUCUGGUCAAAGGAGAAGACCUGCGACCGACUUCCCAAGUUCCUCAUAAUUGGUCCACAGAAAACCGGCACCACGGCCCUGCACUGCUUCCUGAGCCUCCACCCUGCUGUCGUGAGCAGCUUCCCCAGCCCAGUCACCUUCGAGGAGGUCCAGUUCUUCAGUGGGCCCAACUACCACCAUGGCAUCGAUUGGUACAUGGACUUCUUCCCACUGCCAUCCAAUGCCAGCACUGACUUCGUGUUUGAGAAGAGUGCCGGCUAUUUUGACUCGAGUGUGGCGCCACGCCGAGCAGCCGCCCUGCUGCCCCAAGCUAAGAUCCUGGUCCUUCUCACCAGCCCCAGUGUGCGAGCGUACUCCUGGUACCAGCACCAGAGGGCGCACCGCAACCCCACGGCCCUGAACUAUACCUUCCACCAAGUUGCAACAGCAGGCCUGUCCUCAUGCCCAGAGCUCCUGGCCCUUCAGCGAAGCAGCCUGGCCCCAGGUGCUUAUGCUUCUCACCUGGAGCGUUGGCUACGCCACUACCAGGCUGGCCAGGCAAAGAUACAUCGUUCUCCACACAUCCGGAACGUCGGAUCACACAGUACCAUGCUUCGU